UUUUAUCGUGCCCGAUUAUCGAUAAUUCGGGCCCACUCGCAGCGCUCUAGCUCCUCAAUCUAAACAUGGCCGUCCACCUGGCUAUUUGGUAAACAACCAAAUCUUGAGGAAAAUUGGCCUUCUCUUGCUAGCGGCUGAGAAAUGCCGUAGAGAAUGUAGGCCGUGACCGCACAUUUCAAACGUGAGACUUUAAACCGCAGAGACCAUGAAUGGCAAAGCGCCCAGCGAAGAAGCGAGGAGCCGCCGGCCUCCGGGGCGUCCCGGGGAGCCGACGAGUAUCGCCCGACGCCAGAAUCACCCUCAACCCGCUCAGAAAAAGGCCCCGGUCGACAGUGGCGGCGGCAAACAAGCCGCCCAUGCGGACGACCAGCUAAUAGUCCGCAAGAAUCCUGGGCUGCUGCACCAGCCCAAAUGCGUGGAAUCGCAGCCACUGCAGCCGCCCAAGCUGGACGUGCCCAAGCAAAUAUGGCUCGAAUCCAACUUCCUCGUGACCCUGAUAAAACGGGCCUCUCAGCAUCCACACGCACAAUUUUACUGCAGGCUUUGCAAUUACUACUGCAUGUCUUUCAACCACUGCGAACAGCACGCCCAAGAGCAAAAGCACAGUAACAAUAUGAAGGCUGAAGCGAAGUUGACGACAAUCGCACAUCUGCCCAUCCCGGUGGAGAGCCACUUCGAAGCUCUGACAGCUCUUUUGAGUGAGACUUACCAUAAGGAGGGGCUUACCGAGGCUGACAUACAGAACAGGUCCAUUUUCGCCUCUCAAAUCAACAAUUUGAUAUCUGAGAAUUUACCUGGUUGUGGAGUGCAGAUGUACGGAUCUUCCUUGACUGGAAUUGCACUGAAAAAGGCUGACUUAAAUUUGGACUUUAUUGUGGCCAAGGAAUUGUUGGCACCUGAUAUGCUGCAGCAAGCUCUCCAAGUCCUGAGUGCCUCUGACCUGACAAAGGAAGUGGAAUCUGACUUCAACAAUGAUAUUCCCUCAAUUCUAUUCAAGAACAAGUCCGGAAGCCUCAACUGUGUGCUCAGCUUAAACCACCACGACGCUACCAACACUUGCAAAUUGGUGGCAAUGUACACUAAAAUUGAUCCAAGGGUCAAACCACUUGGCAGUUGUUUCCGGCUUUGGACUAAGCUGUGUAAAAUAGACGACACCCAAAUGGCCAUGCUGCCUUCGUAUUCGUAUUCUCUGCUCCUGGUCUACUUCCUGCAGCAAUUGCAGUCGCCGGUCUUGCCUGUAAUCAAGGACAUUCAAGACGGCAUUCCAGAUUGGAAGUCCAAAAAUGACAUGUCACUUGGAGAGCUGUGGUAUAGAAUGUUCAAGUUCUACGCCAUUGAGUUCCCAGAAACGAAAAACUGUGUCUGCAUUAGAGCUAAAGAACUAGUGACCAAAAGUGACAAGCACUGGAACUCAAGAAAGAUUGCUAUUGAAGAUCCCUAUCUUUCGAAGCGCAACGUGUCGCGAUACUUGGUGUCGACGACGUACGACUACAUCAUGACGUGCUUCCUGGACGCGUACCAGUACUUCGCAGUUCCACAAACUGACGUCGGGCCUCUGUUGGGUACCAUAAAGUUGCCCUUGGAAAGGUUCAUGCAUAUUCCUGAAAUGCAACUGAACAUGGUGCGCGCAGAGCAAGGUGCCAUCGACAUGAUGGACAGGGACGUGAAACACUUCUACGCGUCAAACGAGAGCAAGAAAGUGUAUUCAGUGGAGGAAUUGGAAAAAGGAUUGGACAAAAUGGGCAUCAAGGAAGAGCUGAGGUACGGAUUCUACGCCUCAAAAAUUGUCUCGCCCAGGGUGGCCCAGGCGAUGUGCCUCAGGCUGAGAAAGGAGGUCUACAGGUUCAGCUUCGACCCCAAAAGAUUUGCUCAGGAUGUACCGGUGGUGUGCAACAUCUGCCUCAUGGAAGGGCACACACGCAACGACUGCCCGGACACCUUCCUUCCCCCCCUGCAAGACCUGCCCCCGAUGUCUACCAAGUUCCUACGUGAAUUAGACACUAUUUGCAAGCAGGAAAUGCUAAAUUGGCUGCCGUCUGAUGAAGAAGUAAUGGAGAGACAGUCAUUCGUCAAAAGUCUGCAGGAGCAUCUGAAACAGAAGUUUCCCUUCGUCCAGCUUGAGUUGUUUGGCUCAUCGUGCAACGGUUUUGGCUUCAAGCAGUCUGACCUGGACAUCAACCUUACUUUCACCAAUAAUGCCACUGGAGAAGGCAACACUGAUAUUGGAUUCUUUGAUGAACUGAGCAACGAGCUGAAGACUUACGAACACAUCCAGAAUAUGCUAACCAUAACUACUGCCAAAGUCCCGAUCAUCAAGUUCACUUACCCUCGCAUCAGGGUCGAGUGUGAUAUUAGUUUGUACAACUCUUUGGCUGAGCGCAACACCAAAAUGUUGCAACUCUACACACAAAUCGAUCCAAGGGUUAAGAUCUUGGGCUACACUCUGAAACGCUUUGCAAAGUUGUGUGAUAUUUGUGACGCCUCAAGAGGCAGCUUGUCUUCAUACGCCUACAUUCUUAUGGCCAUCUACUUCCUGCAGCAGUGUGAGCCUCCCGUCAUUCCAGUUUUGCAAGAGCUUUACAAAGGCGACACUGCACCCGAGGUACUGAUUGAUGGAUGGAAUACCUGGUUCUUUGACGAUUUGGACAGUUUGCAUGAAGUGUGGCCUGCUUACGGACAGAACACAACUUCCGUUGGUGAGCUUUGGUACGAGCUGCUCAAAUUUUACACUGAAGAGUUUGACUACAACGAGCAUGUCAUCUCCAUCCGACAGAAGAAAAAGCUGCUGCGCUUCAGGAAGCUGUGGACUAACAAGUGCAUCGCUAUCGAAGACCCUUUUGACUUGAGUCACAACCUUGGCUCAGGUCUCUCAAGGAAAAUGAACAACUUCAUCAUCAAGGCGUUUCGCAAGGGCAGGAUGCACUUUGGAACACCUGUGACCAAGCAGGAUAUCUACACCGCUUAUAGAAGUGUUGGGGACUAUUUGUUCGACCCUCGUUACCUGACGGAAGGCCAGGUGCCCAACGACCGCGGCUGCCGCAUCUGCAAGAAAAUAGGCCAUCUGGCGCGCAACUGCCCCAGGCAACCGCCAGCGCCACAGCCGAGGUCCAAGAGCCACAAGUCCAACAAGCAGCAACAGCAGCCUAGGAGGGAGGUCACGGAAAACAGGAACAUUCCUGAGAGAACCAAUUUCCAAGCCCCAAGGCGGGAGAACACUGAGAGCCAAAGCACUCCGGACCGAAGCCACGCGCUCAGAGCGCCGGCCGGACAGCGGAUGGGUCCGCCUCCGCUGAUGCAGCCGUUUGGAAAAACUGGAAACACAGUGGUGCAGCCAUUCCAGCAAGUGAAUGGAGGUUUGGGCACGCCGUCCCCGCCGUUGCCCCCGAGCCCGACAAAGGGGCUGCCGGGCCCGUCAAACGCCAACUCGUCGCCGGCAUUUGACAACUUCAUGCGGCUGAUGCAGCAGCGAGGCGCCCCCUCAUUGAUGCAGGUGCCGCCUGGCUUCGCGCCCCAGCGGCCCCCACAACCCCCGCAGCCCCACUUCUUCCACCCGCAAGCCGGCCAAAUGGGCAGCGGAGGCGGCGGCGGCGGUGGACCACCCGCCAACCAACACGCCUUCCCUAAUGGGAUGCCACCAAACCCGUUUCCGCCGCAGUUCUUCUCUGGUGCCCCUGUUGCCCAUCAAAUGAAUUGGCACCCGUCAGCGGGCAUGCAAGGCGGGCAACAGCCGAACAAUGUCAUGUUCCCGCACGGUCCGCCCAGAGUCAUGGGGCCACCGCAGGCGAUGCCGCCCCAGCAGUAGGGUUGAGUUCCCUUCUGACAAAGUUGUCCAUUUCAACAAAGGCUUCUAGAUUCUUGACCCAGAUAAUCAACGUGUUUCAUCCAUCUGCGAUGUGGCGCAAAAUCUGUUGCUGGUGGCCGCCCGCCACUUUUUAACCGUUAUCAAACACCGCUUCAAUCUGUUGCUACUUUAUCUGCCGAAGGAAAGACCUCUCGAUUUUUAACUUGAUAAUUUUACACCCUAGGAUUACGCCAUUGACACAUUUUUGUGCCUUUCGAGUAGUCACGGGUCGUAGAAAAAACACCGCGGCACUUGCGAGUUAGAGCGGCUUGUGCAGAAUCAAAACAUUACGGCUCGGCAGCUGACUUUAUUUUAAUUUUCAACCUUUUUAAUUCCCCAACUAUCGGUUCCUAUUAGUACUUUUGACAUUUUUCCGUAGACUGUUGUUUUAGCAAAAGAGAAUUCAAUAACAUUUACAUGUACCUGCUGAUCACCAAGCAUGAUGUGUGCUUCUCGAACCAGAUGCCUCUUGCACAGAGGCAGCCAAUAAUAGGAAUGAAUUUCUGUCAGAAAAAAAAUUGUUUUGAAUAAAAUACCAUCUUGUAAUUGCGUACAAUGCGUAUCUAAACAUGUUAAGAGAAAAUUGUAACUUUGCCAUCUGAUCUCUCGCAAUGAAUAUAUUUUUUAAGGAAUCUACGUAUGAAAAUGAGAUGACAAGUCAGAAAAAAUAAAAACUUUAAUUGAUGCAUUUAAGAAAAUAAAUAAGUUUUAACUGACUGGUUUCAAUUUUUCAGAAAAUAAAUAAAUGUAGUAAACAAGGAAAA